GUAGGGUUUAAGCAAAUACGGGAACUAGGCGGCAAAGUACAAUGAAGGUAAGAUUAAAAUCGAAGACACGCGACGUUUCAGAAUAUACCAAAAGUGAAAAAAGGAAACACUCUCUCUCUCCCGCGCGCCCUCGCUUGUCAAUGAUUGGAUCGAUUGCAAUAUUAACGUUGGGCGCUUGAAAUUUGAGGGCUUUUCAUAUUAAAUUUCAAUUUCAAUUUCAUGGUCUCUUCACUGAAAUUGCGACCCAAAUGGCUGAGAUUCAGAAUUGUUCCUCGGAACCAGAACCAACCGCAAUCAACGAAUGGGAGGGUCAAGCUUCGAUGAAGAGCACAACGCAAAGUUCAGAAGCCUCCGAUACGACGUCGUCACGAAAAGAGAAUAAAGGUAAAGGUAAGGCUGCGGCGUUCAAACGACGGAACCCUAGAGUUCUUGUUCGCCGCCAUAGGGCUAAUAAUGUGGACACUAUUGGCCUUCCUCUUGGCAUGUCAUUCGCCGCUGUUAUGGCUCAGGUGAUGUAUAGAAGAGAUGUAGCAGCCGAGAGUAUGUCUCCCAGUCAUCUUUCGAUGAUGUGUUCAUCGGCUAUCAAAGAAUCUCUUGCCAGUGUUUUUGGAGACAAGCUAGAUGGUUUGACGAGGAACUUUGAACAAUCUUUUUGUAGCACCUUGAGUACUCUUCAGUUAAUUUAUGAAUCAUCCAAGAGCAAUGAAGGAAAUAAAUUAAAUAAUACAAAGAUGGAAAUUAUGAGUUCUAAAUUGACUCUCAAUAAAGAGGAAUGCUCAGGUGAUAUUGUUACAGAGGUCGGUCAUUCAAGACAUGCUGAAAUCCAAGAUCAAUCAAUUAGUCAUGAUUCUCCUGAAGAGGUCAGGGAUAACUUUCAUAUAGAUUCAAUUGGUCGUGAUUCUCCUGAAGAAGGCAGGGAUAACAUUCAUAAUAAUUCAGUUAGUCUUGAUUCUCCUGAAGAGAGCAGGGAUAACUUUCAUAUGGGUUCAGUUAGUCGCGAUCUCACUUUGUAUGGGCAAUCAAACCAAAUGGUUUCCUUUUCUCAAAUAUCUUUUGGAUCUGUAAAUAAUCCUAUGGUUAGUAUUUUUGAGAAGUCCAUCAUGGAGCAGUGUCGUUCUAAUGACCUCAAGACACUUGAACUUGGCCUUAAAAUGAAGGAAUUGAAAUUGAAAGAGGAUGAAUUGGCUCUCAACCUUGAUUCGAAUAAUUUAAACAGAUCAAAAUUAGUCAUGGGAGAAUCAAAGCAAUCUUUCAAAGAGGAAAAGUUCAAGACCCAGUUAGAAGAUACGAGGCAUGGUGAACUCAAAAAGAAGUGCAUUGACUGUCUUAUUACUGGUUUGCUUAUCAUGUCAUCCUCACUUUUGUAUGGUGCCUAUGUUUAUUCCUACGAGCGGAUUACUAAAGCUACUGAAUCAUGUACACCAUCAACCCAGGAAUCUUCCUCCUGGUGGACUCCCAAGUCAAUGGUCUUAUUCAAUUCAAAGUUGCAUAUUUUGUGGUGUCAAGUUCAAGUUAUGAGCCGAAUGGCAUUUGGCAUCUUGAUGAUUUUUGCUGUUGCAUAUUUGCUCUUGCAGCGGUCGACCACAACAUCACAGACUAUGCCAGUCACUUUCAUCCUUUUAAUGUUGGGAAUUUUUUGUGGCUAUUGUGGCAAGCUAUGUGUAGAGACAUUGGGUGGGAGUGGUAUUGUGUGGCUCUUAUACUGGGAGAUUAUGUGCUUGCUGCAUUUCUUAUCUCUUUGCUGGACAUCCGCUUUGUUCCGGAUCCUUCAUGGACCAGUCACUCCAUCACAAACAAUGGAGGAGAAUACAAUUCUUCGGUAUUGGAUUCGCAGAGUUCUGUUCUAUGCUGCUAUGCUUGUGUUUCUACCGUUGUUUUGUGGUCUCAUGCCAUUUGCUAGCCUAGGUCAAUGGAAAGAACAUUUUACAUUGAAGGGGUCAGAUUUUAAUGGAUCCGAAUGGUAAAGCACUGCUCGGUCAUGGAAGACCUUUAUGUAUAACAACUCUAUGCCAUACUAUGGGAUGCUUAGCUUGUGGUUAGACAACUAGCCAGUAGCCAAGCACCAUCGGUUUGUAUUUUGCCCACAGCUAGUUCUAUUUAGUUCAUGUUUUGCUAAUUAUUUUCUGCUAUGAUGUGAUAUUUAAAGUAAUGCAAUGACUAUUGUAUUGUAUUGUGAGCACCACCUUCCUUUGCAUUUGCCGCUGGAUUCUUCUUUUAUGAUUUAAGACUCUGUAGGUGAGUCCUUAAAGAAGGAAAUGUAAUUUUUAGGGGUAUGUAUUUAGUUAGAAUGAUUAGCUGUCUUAAUGUAUUUUUCAUUGGCAGUUAAUUAUGAAUUAUAUUUUGAAAA